UCAAAAAAAAGGUACAACAGGCGGGAGGAAGCAUGGUAAAAGGAAAAAUAAUUUGUUUGAAGCUCUGCGUUUCUCUCUCUGGUUGCCGCUUCUAUUGGAACAGUUUCUUCUCUUUCUCUCUCCUAGUACUCUCCUAGUAAAAUUGGGCCUUUUGUGUGGAGUUUUUAGAGAGAGAAAGCCAGGAGAAAUACUGCGGCGAUGUGACUUUGGAGAGUGGGCGGCGAUGUGACUUUGGAGAGUUGUGACUUUGGAGUGUGGACUGGUGUAGGGGUAAUUUAUUUUUCGUUUUGCCAACAAAUGGGUUGAAUUUGUUGUUGGUAUGCUGUCCAGUAACGAUAUUACAAAUAGUGAGUGCUCAAAAUGGAGCACAAGAAUGAUUCUAUAGGUGUGGGCUCGGGGGAGCGAAUUGGCUCGUUGGAAGAGAAGAUGGGUUCUGACCACCGAGCUUCGUAUUGGCUUGAUGCCUGUGAAGACAUUGAUGAUUUUAUGAGUUGGGGAGAGCUUUCCGUUAAGACAGGGGAACCGCUGUCUUAUGAGAAGAUAGAUAAUGGUAAUGCAUCACGUGAUUCUUUUUUCGAAGCGUCUAGCCAGGAAAUCAACCCCAUUUGUGAAGCACCAAUUGAUUCCAGCUUCUUCAAGGGAAUUGAUCAGUUCUUUGAUAAUGUGAGGAGUGAUGUGUGUGUUAGUGCAGGGUCCGAGACCUUGAAUGGGGAGAAUCAGUCUUUGAAUGAUGGAUUGUUGAUUGACAAUAUGAGAAAUUUGGAGGAGAGCUGUAGUCCACUGCGUUAUUUAGAGGGCGUUGAGCAACAUUGCAUUGAGAAAUCUGAAAUUGACGUUAAAGAGCUUAUGAAGGAGACCCAUAGUUGUGGAACAACUCCUCCCCUCUCACAUUUUAAUGGCGACUCUAAUUGUGGCCAAAACAAGAGGUCGAACACCACUGGUGCAUUGGUUGAUGUGGAAAGAAGAAUUGAUGGGCCCAAGGAAAUAGAGAUUAAAGGGCCUAGAGAGAGGGACUGGAAGUCGGUGGAUAGGAAUAACAAGAGAUCAUGUAACGGUGAAACCAUUGAUGAAAGGCAUUAUUCGGUUUGUCGCCGUGAAUUUUCUAGAGAGAGAAGUUCUUCUUGCAGGAAGAGAGGGCGGGAUUCGGAAGAUAUGGAGCGGGGGGGAAUAGCUAGGAUCAAAAGGGAAAGGGGAAGUAGUGAGAGGAGAGACAGGGAUUGCUGUUAUCGAAAGAGAUGUAGUGAUUCAGAAGAGAUGCAAAGAGAGGAGAUGGGUAGAGGCAAAGUAGAGAGGGGAGCUAGCGAGAGGAGAGAUAGAGAUUGGAGGGGUAGAGAUAAAAGAGGGUAUUGGGAGAGGGAUAGAUCUGGGAAGAUGGUUUUUCGACAUGGUACUUGGGAGGCUGAUCCUGAGAGAGACUCAAUGAGAGCUAGAGAGAAGCAGAGAUUCUCAGAUAAAGUUAGCAGUCCUGAAAAGAAAUUCGAUGAGAAGAAAGAGAAACCUGCAGAAGAGCAGGCUAGGAAAUACCAGUUAGAUGUUUUGGAGCAAGCAAAAAUGAAGAACACAAUAGCUUUUCUGGAGACUGGUGCAGGAAAGACCCUUAUAGCUGUUCUUCUAAUCAAAAGUGUUUACAAGAAAAUGCUCAGUGACAAUAAGAAGAUUCUGGCCAUAUUUUUGGUCCCAAAGGUCCCUCUCGUGUACCAGCAAGCUGAAGUUAUACGUGAAGGAACUGGUUACAAUGUUGGUCAUUAUUGUGGUGAGAUGGGUCAGGACUUUUGGGAUGCCCGAAGGUGGCAACGUGAGUUUGAGUCAAAAGAGGUACUUGUGAUGACAGCCCAAAUUCUAUUGAAUAUUUUACGCCAUAGCAUUAUCCGGAUGGAAGCAAUUCAUCUACUUAUAUUGGAUGAAUGCCAUCAUGCUGUGAAGAAGCAUCCAUACUCACUUGUAAUGUCAGAGUUCUAUCACACAACGGCGAAGGAGAAAAGACCUGCAGUUUUUGGCAUGACUGCUUCUCCUGUCAACUUGAAAGGAGUUUCCAGCCAAGAAGAUUGCGCGAUAAAAAUUCGCAAUCUUGAAAGUAAACUCGAUUCGAUUGUGUGCACGAUAAAAGACCGGAAGGAGCUGGAGAAGCAUGUUCCAACUCCUUUAGAAGUUGUGGUGGAGUACGACAAAGCAGCUACCUUGUGCUCUCUUCAUGAGCAAAUAAAACAGAUGGAAUUUGAUGUGGAGAAAGCUGCACUUGCAAGUUCCAAAAGGAGCAAGUGGAAGUUUAUGGGGGCCAGAGAUGCAGGAGCCAAAGAAGAAUUACGGCUUGUCUAUGGGGUUUCUGAAAGAACAGAAAGUGAUGGAGCUGCCAAUCUUGUUCAAAAAUUGAGGGCUAUUAAUUAUGCCCUCGCUGAAUUGGGACAGUGGUGCGCCUACAAGGUUGCACAUUCCUUUCUGACUGCCUUACAGAGUGAUGAAAGGGUGAAUUAUCAGCUUGAUGUUAAGUUUCAGGAAUCCUACUUGAAAAUGGUCGUGGACCUCCUUCAUUGUCAGUUAACUGAGGGAGCUGUCCCUGGAAAAGAUGCAAAAGGAAGCGAUGAAGAAACUGCUGAUGUGCAGAGAGGGGAUCAUGAUGAAAUUGAGGAGGGUGAACUGCCUGACAGUCAUGUUGCUUCUGGUGGAGAGCAUGUUGAUGAGAUAAUUGGGGCAGCUGUAGCAGAUGGAAAAGUGACUCCUAAAGUUCAGUCUUUGAUUAAAGUUCUUAUGAAGUAUCAGUAUACAGAAGAUUUCCGUGCCAUCAUAUUUGUGGAACGGGUGGUUGCAGCUUUAGUUCUUCCAAAGGUGUUUGCUGAACUCCCAUCAUUAAAUUUUAUCAAGUGCGCGAGCUUAAUUGGUCACAACAACAAUCAGGAGAUGCGCACACGCCAGAUGCAAGAAACCAUUUCGAAGUUUCGUGACGGUCGAGUUACAUUGCUCGUAGCUACCAGCGUUGCAGAAGAAGGGCUCGACAUUCGACAGUGCAAUGUUGUCAUUCGUUUUGAUCUUGCUAAAACUGUUUUGGCAUACAUACAAUCUCGAGGUCGUGCACGCAAACCUGGAUCUGAUUACAUUUUGAUGCUUGAGAGGGGAAAUCUUUCACAUGAGACGUUCUUGAAGAACGCACGGAAUAGUGAGGAGACCUUGCGGAGAGAAGCUAUUGAGAGAACUGACCUUAGCCAUCUUAAGGGCAACACAAAAUUUGCUUCAGUGGUCACCACGCCAGGAUCAGUGUAUCAAGUGGAGUCAACGGGGGCUAUUGUCAGUCUGAAUUCUGCUGUUGGUCUCAUUCAUUUCUAUUGCUCCCAGCUUCCAAGUGACAGGUACUCUAUACUCCGCCCAGAAUUUGUCAUGAAUCGGCAUGAGAAGCCAGGUGGUUCUGUUGAGUACUCAUGCAAGCUUCAGCUUCCUUGUAAUGCUCCAUUUGAAAAGCUUGAGGGCCCUUUUUGCAAUUCGAUGCGUCUUGCUCAACAGGCUGUUUGCUUGGCUGCUUGCCAGAAACUCCACGAGAUGGGGGCUUUUACUGAUAUGCUUUUACCAGAUAAGGGAAGUGGAGAAGAGGGAGAGAAUGUCGACCAGAAUGACGAAGGAGAUCCUCUACCUGGAACAGCACGGCAUAGGGAAUUUUAUCCUGAAGGUGUAGCACAAAUAUUGCGAGGAGAUUGGAUUUUAAUUGGGAAAGAUGAUUGCCAUGAAUCGGAGUUAAUUAAAUUAUUUAUUUAUAAAGUGAAGUGUACAAAUAUUGGCAACACAAAAGACCCUUUUCUAACACAGGCUUCAGACUUUGCGCUGCUCUUUGGCAGUGAGCUGGAUUCUGAGGUUUUAUUAACAACAAUAGAUCUUUUCAUUGCUCGCACGAUGAUAACAAGGGCCUCCCUUGUUUUUAGGGGCUCCAUAGAGAUUACAGAAAGCCAGCUGGUGUCAUUAAAGUGCUUUCAUGUGCGGCUAAUGAGCAUUGUGCUGGAUGUUGAUGUGGAACCUUCCACUACACCAUGGGAUGCUGCAAAAGGUUAUUUAUUUGUUCCUAUCAUAAAUGAAGAGUUUUCAGAUGUUCUAAAAGAGAUAGAUUGGGAUCUAAUAGACAUGAUCAAUAAAACCGAUGCAUGGAACAAUCCUCUACAGAGGGCUCGCCCUGAUGUAUACUUGGGUACAAAAGAGAGGACGCUUGGUGGGGAUAGAAGGGAGUAUGGAUUUGGAAAGCUACGUUAUGGCAUGGCUUUUGGACAAAAGUCGCAUCCUACCUAUGGCAUCAGAGGAGCUGUUGCUCAGUUUGAUGUUGUUAAGGCCUCUGGUCUGGUUCCUUCUCGGCAAGAUCUUGAAGAAUCAAAUGGGUCUCCUACCUUUCGUAAAUUAUCAAUGGCUGAUACCUAUAUUGAUGCAAAUGACCUUGUGGGGAGAAUAAUAACUGCUGCACACUCUGGGAAGCGAUUUUAUGUGGACUCCGUACGUUUUGACACAAAUGCAGAGACCUCAUUCCCCAGAAAGGAGGGUUAUUUGGGACCACUGGAAUACACCUCAUUUGCUGAUUACUAUAAACAGAAGUAUGGAGUUGAAUUGAUUUACAAGAAACAACCUCUUAUACGUGGACGUGGGGUCUCAUAUUGCAAGAAUCUCCUUUCUCCAAGAUUUGAGUCUUUUGAGGGAGAAGGUGAAACCGAAGAUACGCUUGACAAGACCUAUUAUGUGAUGCUCCCUCCUGAGUUGUGUCUUGUGCAUCCAUUGUCGGGAUCACUUGUACGGGGGGCCCAGCGAUUGCCUUCAAUUAUGAGGAGAAUAGAGAGUAUGCUUCUCGCAAUUGAAUUGAAGGAUAAGAUCAACUACCCUGUCCCUUCUUCGAUGAUCUUGGAAGCCUUGACAGCUGCUUCAUGUCAAGAAACUUUCUGCUAUGAGAGAGCCGAGCUGUUGGGAGAUGCUUACCUGAAGUGGGUAGUGAGCAGAUACCUCUUUCUCAAGUAUCCUCAAAAACAUGAAGGCCAGCUCACUCGAAUGAGGCAAAAAAUAGUCAGUAAUAUCGUACUCUACCAAUAUGCUCUGAGCAAAGGGCUUCAAUCCUAUAUUCAAGCUGAUCGCUUUGCCCCAUCUAGAUGGGCUGCCCCUGGUGUGCCCCCGGUUUUUGAUGAGGACACCAAGGAUUCGGAAUCCACAUUAUUGGGCCAAGAUAGCUUUGCAUCUAAGACUGAGCAGAUUAAAAGCUUCUAUGAUGAUGACAUUGAAGAGGAUGUUGAUAUGGAAGAUGGUGAAAUAGAGAGUGAUUCUAGCUGUUAUAGAGUUCUUUCUAGCAAAACUUUAGCCGAUGUGGUGGAAGCUUUGAUUGGGGUAUAUUAUGUUGAAGGCGAUGAGAAAGCUGCAAACCACCUAAUGAAUUGGAUUGGCAUCCAGGUUGAAUUUGAUCCUAAGGAAAUAGGGCACGAGUUGAAAGGUUGUCAAGUUUCGGAAAGUGUUAUGAGGAGUAUAGAUUUUGAUUCUUUAGAGGGUGCCUUGAAUAUCAAGUUCAAAGAGAGGAGCCUGUUAGUUGAAGCAAUUACGCAUGCCUCACGUCCAUCUUCAGGGGUCUCUUGCUACCAAAGAUUGGAGUUUGUUGGUGAUGCUGUAUUGGACCACUUGAUAACGAGACACCUUUUCUUUACUUAUACCGACCUCCCACCAGGUCGCUUGACUGACUUACGAGCUGCAGCCGUGAACAAUGAGAACUUUGCACGUGUUGCAGUCAAACGCAAGCUUCAUGUACAUCUUCGUCAUGGUUCUAGUGCCUUGGAAUCACAGAUUAGGAACUUUGUGAGAGAUGUUCAAGAUGAGCUUAGUAAACCGGGGUUCAAUUCUUUUGGCCUAGGAGACUGCAAAGCUCCCAAAGUGCUUGGCGACAUAGUUGAAUCUAUAGCUGGUGCCAUUUUUAUGGAUAGUGGACUUAAUACUGCUGUUGUUUGGAAGGUUUUUCAACCAUUAUUGCAUCCAAUGGUGACACCGGAGACGCUUCCGAUGCAUCCGGUGCGUGAGCUCCAAGAGCGCUGCCAACAGCAGGCGGAGGGUCUCGAGUAUAAGGCGUCACGGGCUGGCAACCUCGCCACUGUUCAGGUUUUUGUGGAUGGCAUCGAGAUUGGAACUGCUCAGAACCCACAAAAGAAGAUGGCUCAGAAAUUAGCUGCUAGGAAUGCACUUGCAGUUUUGAAAGAGAAGGAAACAGAGUCUCAGGCCAACAAUGGAGAGACAGGAAAGAAGAAAAAUGGAGUUCAAACCUUCACAAGGCAGACACUGAAUGAUAUCUGUCUUAGGAGACAGUGGCCCAUGCCUCAAUACAGGUGCAUAAAUGAGGGUGGUCCAGCGCAUGCUAAGAGAUUCACAUACUCGGUGCGUGUUCUAACAAACGAUAAAGGAUGGACAGAGGACUGUGUUGGAGAACCAAUGCCAAGCGUGAAGAAGGCCAAGGACUCUGCGGCUGUUCUUUUGUUGGAGCUCCUCAACAGACUGUAUACAAAUUGAUAAAUUAAUUUUUGUAUACUUAGCAAAAGGAAUUUGGGGGCAGUAGGUUUGGAAGAGAGACAAAGAGGAUCCUGCCUUCGAUCUGCCUUCUAUACGCAUUCAUUGAAGAAGGUAUCAUUGUUUUAUGAGAAGAGCUCUCUAUACGUAUAGAUUGUAUCAUUUAUACUCAUAUAUUUAUUCAAUGUUCAAAAUAAGCUGUUGGUGCAGCUUUUAGUA